GAAGAUGCUACUUUGCCGCCGCCCGUCCAGCUACCAUCUUUUCCUCUUGGCCCUACUGCUGCCCUCAGCCUGGGCGCCCACAUCCCCAGGCCCUGCUGCCGCCCUACUCCAGGCCCUCGGGCUGCGCGAUGCACCUCGGAGCGCCCCCACGCUCCGGCCGGUGCCUCCUGUCAUGUGGCGCUUGUUCCGCCACCGUGAUUCCCAGGAAGCCCGAGCAGGCCCGCGACGGACGCUCCCAGGAGCUACUCCGCGACCGUGCCACGUGGAGGAACUGGGGGUCGCUGGAAACAUCGUGCGCCACAUCCCAGACCGCAGUGCGUCCGUCCGGCCCUCAGAGGCUUCCAAGGCCCCGGGGCUAUGUCCCCAGUGGACUGUCGUCUUCGACCUGUCGGCUGUGGAACCCACCGAGCGCCUGACGCGCGCUCGUUUAGAGCUGCGAUUGGCGGCGGCGGAAGCUGGGACGGUGGCCUCGGCGCCCAGCUGGGAGUUGAGCGUGGCGCUGGCAGGAGAUAGCGCAGCGGCGGGACCCGGACCCGUGCUGCUCAGCCAGGCAGUCCCCGCGCUGGAGCUGCCUGUGCGCGCCGAACUGCUCGGCGCCGUUCUGGCUCCCAAUGCCUCGGCGCCGCGUAGCCUCCGGCUGGCGCUGGCGCUCCGCUCCGGAGCUCCUGCUCCCUGUGCGCACCUGGCCGAGGCCUCGCUGCUGCUGGUGACCCUGGAUCCGCGUCUGUGCCAUUCUCUGGCCAGGUCACGACGCGAGGCCGAACCUGUGGCGGACGGCGGUUCCGGGGGCACAUGUCGCGCCCGGCGUUUGUAUGUGAGCUUCCGCGAGGUGGGUUGGCACCGUUGGGUUAUUGCGCCGCGCGGCUUUCUAGCCAACUACUGUCAGGGCCAGUGCGCAUUGCCUGGCGCGCUGUCGGGACCUGGCGGGCCUCCGGCGCUCAACCACGCGGUGCUGCGUGCCCUCAUGUACGCGGCCGCCCCAGGUACCGCCGGCCUACCGUGCUGCGUGCCCGCGCGCCUGUCUCCCAUCUCCGUGCUCUUCUUCGACAACAGCGACAACGUGGUUCUAAGGCACUACGAGGACAUGGUGGUGGACGAGUGCGGCUGCCGCUGAUGGGAGGACAGAUGCUGGUCAGCUGGGGGCGGGAGAUCGCAGGGACACAGGGAACCUCCAGGACUGCUCCAAGGACCCCGCAGGCUGGGGCCUGCCCAGCUCCCUUACAGUCCCACGGGAAGGCAAGGACCGUUUGUUAAUAUUUUAUUGGUGACAAAAAGCUUAAAACAAAUUUGACCAAAAAUCAA